GUCCCUUGGUACGACCCAAAACUCAAGAAGUUAGGAGCUUCGGCUAGAGAAUUGCUGGAGAACUAUAGCAAGAUACCACCAGCGGAGGUUGAGAGUCAUAUCUAUAAGAUUCGUGAUGAAGCCUGGGGUGUCUUUCCGUACCCAUGCAUUGGCGGUUUUCGAUUCCUCGACUUAGCCAUCAGUCUAUCUCCAGAUUACUCAGCAGUCCUUCAGCGCUUGAAAUCCGGCAACGAAAACUUCCUGGAUCUCGGCUGUUGUUUUGGCCAAGAGCUGCGAAAAGUCGCAGCAGAUGGAGCUGUGCAAGAGAAUCUCUACGGUUCCGACUUACGUGCCGAGUUCUUUGAAAUGGGAUACCGACUCUUCCGUGACAGAGACGCCUUGAAGAGCAAAUUCAUUGCGGCCGACAUCACUGAUCCCAGCUCUCCAUUAUCUGAACUAGACGGAAAAAUUGACAUCAUUUACGCAGGCUCAUUCCUCCAUCUUUUCGGCUACGCUGAACUGAUUGAAGUCUGCAAGCGCUUGAUCAAGCUGUUGAGAGAAAAGAAGGAUUCUUUGAUUUUGGGGAGACAGGUGGGCAACACUGAUGCGGGAGACUAUGUUCAGAAGACGAACAAGGGAGGCAAGAUGUACAGACAUAACGCUGAGAGUUUCAAAAAGAUGUGGGAGGAGAUCGGGGAGGCGACGGGAACGAAAUGGAGAGUGGAU